GGGGGCGCGGCGCGCGCGGCCCCUCCCCCUGCCCAGCUCGGGGCAGGCGCCCGUAGCCGCCGGACUUCCCGCGUCGGCCGGGGAGAUGCGGCCGCCGCUCGGGCUCCUUGCAGGUUUCUAGCCAGCAGAAUGCUGGACCCAGAGGCCGGCGGGGAGCAGCUGUCAGGAUGGCCGAGUGGGACGCCAGCCUGGACCACAUCAUCCCAUCCUCUGUUCUUCCUCCCUUCUGGGCGAAGUUCCUCGUGGGUUUUGCUUCCCUCAUGUGUUUUGCCCGGAGCUACGAUGGAGACUUUGUCUUUGAUGACUCUGAAGCCAUUGUUAACAAUAAGGACCUCCGCGCGGAGACGCCUCUGGGGGACCUGUGGCAUCAUGACUUCUGGGGCAGCCGGCUGAGCAGUAACACUAGCCACAAGUCCUACCGCCCCCUGACCGUGCUGACCUUCAGGAUGAACUACUACUUGUCGGGAGGCUUCCACCCCGCGAGCUUCCACGCGGUCAACAUCGCCCUGCACGGCGGCGUGUCCGUGCUCCUGGUGGACGUCUUCUCCGUGCUCUUCGGGGGCCUGCAGUACUCGAGCAAGGGCCGGCGGCUGCACCUGGCCCCCAGGUCGUCCCUGCUGGCCGCCCUGCUGUUUGCCGUGCACCCAGUGCACACGGAGUGUGUUGCUGGUGUCGUUGGCCGUGCAGACCUCCUGGGUGCCCUGUUUUUUCUGCUGUCUUUCCUUGGCUACUGUAAAGCGUUCAGAGAAACUAACAAGGAGAGGACCCACUCCACAUUCUGGGUGUUGCUGAGCAUCCUCCUGGGAGCAGUGGCCAUGCUGUGCAAAGAGCAAGGGAUCACCGUGCUGGGUCUCAAUGCCGUCUUCGACAUCUUGGUGAUAGGCAAAUUAAAUGUCCUGGAAAUUGUCCAGAAGGUCCUCCGUAAAGACAGAUCAUUAGAGAGCCCUGGCGUGCUCCGGACGGGGGGCCUCCUCUUCAGAAUGACCCUCCUGGCUUUGGGGGGAGCCGGGGUGCUGUAUGUGCGCUGGAAGAUCAUGGGCACUGGCCCGCCUGCCUUCACCGAGGUGGACAACCCCGCCUCCUUCGCCGACAGCAUGCUAGUCAGGGCCAUAAACUAUAAUUACUACUAUUCAUUGAAUGCCUGGCUGCUGCUGUGCCCUUGGUGGCUGUGUUUUGAUUGGUCGAUGGGUUGCAUCCCCCUCAUUAAGUCCGUCGGGGACUGGAGGGUAAUUGCUCUAGCAGCACUCUGGUUCUGCCUAAUUGGCCUGAUAUGUCAAGCCCUAUGCUCUGAAGACAGCCACAAGAGAAGGAUCCUCACGCUGGGCCUGGGAUUCCUCAUUAUCCCGUUUCUUCCUGCGAGUAACCUGUUCUUCCGAGUGGGCUUUGUGGUGGCCGAGAGGGUCUUGUACCUCCCCAGUGCCGGCUACUGCAUGCUGCUGACGUUUGGACUCGCAGCGCUCAGUAAACAUACCAAGAGAAAGAAACUGAUCGCUGCUCUCAUCCUGGGAAUUUUAUUCCUAAACAUGCUGAGAUGCGUGGUUCGCAGCGGUGAGUGGCGGAACGAAGACCAGCUUUUCCGAAGCGCCCUGUCUGUGUGCCCUCUCAAUGCCAAGGUUCACUACAACGUUGGCAAAAACCUGGCUGAUAAAGGCAAUCAGACUGCGGCCAUCAGAUAUUACCGGGAAGCGGUGAGAUUAAAUCCCAAGUACGUCCAUGCCAUGAAUAACCUGGGAAACAUCCUGAAAGAAAGGAACGAGCUUCAGGAAGCGGAGGAGCUGCUGUCUUUGGCUGUACAGAUACAGCCAGACUUCGCUGCCGCAUGGAUGAAUUUAGGCAUCGUACAAAACAGCCUGAAGCGGUUCCAAGCCGCUGAGCAAAGUUACCGGACGGCGAUCAAGCACCGGAGGAAAUACCCAGAUUGUUACUACAACCUGGGGCGUUUGUACGCAGAUCUAAAUCGUCACGUGGAUGCACUGAACGCGUGGAGGAACGCUACCAUGCUGAAGCCAGAGCACAGCCUGGCCUGGAAUAACAUGAUCAUACUCCUCGAUAACACAGGUAAUUUAGCCCAAGCUGAAGCUGUUGGCAGAGAGGCACUGGAAUUAAUACCUAACGACCACUCUCUGAUGUUCUCCUUGGCAAACGUGCUGGGGAAGUCCCAGAAAUACAAGGAGUCCGAAGCUUUGUUCCUCAGAGCAAUUAAGGCUCAUCCAAAUACGGCAAGUUACCAUGGCAAUUUGGCUGUGCUGUAUCAUCGUUGGGGCCAUCUAGACUUGGCCAAAAAACACUACGAGAUCUCUCUGCGGCUUGACCCAACAGCAUCGGGAACUAGGGAAAAUUAUGGUCUUCUAAGAAGAAAGCUGGAACAAAUGCAAAAGAAAAACGUCUGAUCCUUUUUCCUUCAUUUUCUGAGUUUGUGUGUGUGUGUGUGUGCAUGAGGCAGAUUGUCCAUAUCUCGUGCUUGCGUUUAACCAUUUAAAGUCCUACAUGUCCUUUAUUGUUUUUUUUUCCUGUGAAAACAAAACAUGCAAAAAGAUUAUAGCACCAGCAAUUUACUCUUGAAUGCUUGAUGUGGUUUUUGCAUCGAAAUUGUAUUUUUUCAGACAACUCAAACAUAACUUCUGAAAUUCCAAGGGUAAAGUCUUUUUUAAUUAAAAAGAAAAAGAGAAAAAAAUUAUCUUGAGCGACUUACAGCAGAAUUAAACCUGCAUUUGGAAUGAGUCGUGUUGCAUAGAUACUCAUACUAUUAAACAUCAACUGUGAACAGAAAGUGACAUACUGACUCCUAUACUUUAUGUAAAUAUCUUGUGUGUCUGUAUAUUAGAAUUUUUAUUUAAUGAUGAGUAAAUUAAGAUUUUUGGCUUUUUCAUUUUUUUCCAAACAAUAUGCUAUGUACUUCAUUUGUAAGGAAAUAUUUAUUUGUAUUUUUAUGUUUUGAACAGGGCAAAUAAUUGAAUGAAGAGUGGAAAUUUUAACAUCUGGUAUAUUUACACUUUUUCCAUAGGAAGAAAUUCACUCCUACAAUAUUUUUUGGAUUCUUCAACUUGUGCUAUUGGUAGCAUGCAAAAUUGUGUAGUGUUCCACAUAAACUGUCACUCUUAAUAGAAAAUUGAAGCUAUGCUUUAGACAAAAACAGGCAGCCUGAUGUCUUUAUUUUUGUUAUAUCCAGUAUUAAGAGGGCUACACAUCUAUGUAAGUUGCGUUUUUAUAUGUUUAGCUGGAAAGCAGUUUUCCAUUUAGCUUCAUAGAACCAUAGAUUUUGAGAUCCUCAGAAGAGAAAAUGCUGUUUCAAAUGCUGCUCCAAAAAAUGCAAGAGGUAAACUUCCUCUCAAAAGGAACCACAUUUGAGAAGUUUGUGAUAUUUUUAAGAAUUGGAUUAUUUAUCCUGUUUUAUUGGGUCAGAAUAAUCAUAUUCAUUUUGUUUUAUUCUUCUAUAUUUGCUGUUGACCUAAUGAUUUAUGCGAUCUAUGUAAUUUCUUAUGCAGUGAAAUUAUUACACAAACCAGUAUAAAAGUGUCAUAUUGCCUCCUUAAUAGAUGAUUUUUCAAGUUGCUUGGUUGGCCAAAUGUUUGUUUGGGUUUUUCCUUAAGAUGUUAUGGGCAUUUUGGGCGCCCAAAACAUUUUGGGCGACCCAAUAUUUGACUCUUUGUCUUCUUUCCUUAAACUGAAAUCAAAGUGACCAAUUCAUUCUUUCUAGAAUUUGGCUUCUAUUUGGGUUUUGUUGUUGUUUAGUCACUAAGUUGUGUACAACUCUUUUUCGACCCCAUGGACUGUAACCCACCAGGCUCCUCUAUCCAUGGGCUUUCCCCGGCAAGAAUACUGGUGUGGGUUGCCAUUUCCUCCUCCACUAUUUGGUUUUAGGCACUGCUUAAUAGAGUCAUCCAGGUUCAACCAACAGGCUGAGUAGAUAUCACAUUGAGAUGAAUUUGACUGUCUAACACUCGCUUGUGAGGAGUGGGGUCCACGGCAGACCAGCAUAGAGUUGUAAAUCGUAACCUACGAGAUUUUGAGAUCCUCAGAAGAGAAAAUGCUGUUUCAAACCUUUCAGAAAUGGUCCCAAAACAACAAUAACAGUUUAUAGAGCUCUUAAGAGCAGGAGCUGCCUUAUUGUUCAUUAUGUUCCUAUAGUGCUUAGCUUGGGAGAUAAUAGAUGUACUAUAUGCUUGUUGAUUUUUUUUUUAAUUUCUUUCUUUAAAACAGUGCUUGUCUUUUGAGAGUAAAGGAAAAACAUUUCUUAUAAGAGCCUAUUCGUGAUUUUUUUUUUCUUUUGUACUGAUACUAAAACUUGUGUCAAAUCAAGACACCCUGCCUGUAGCAUGAACCCCCCUAGCUGUCACUGCUCCAUCUCAGGAUUUCCAUCAUAGCUGCCAUCUGCCCAGAGAAAACAGUCAUUCGCCUGAUUGACAUUUCAUGGAGCCUUUUAUCGCGGCAGAUUUUGGAAGUGGGCCAUGCUGUUCCUCUCUUCUUCCUCCUCCUUUCCUUCUUAAGGCAGCCACCUUCUUUAUUUCUUAGAUUUCCCUUCUAACAAGACUGAAGUGGAGAUCUGUCUCCCGGUUCCCCCUCGUUUUUGGUAUUUUUCUUAAACUUGUGUUUUUAUUGCUCAAUCAUGGUUUGGGAUUCAGUUGGGAGUGCGGGCGGUAUGAGAACAAGCAUAGGGAUCGUUGCCAGUUUGGGAAAUCUGAGAGUCCGAAUAAUUCUUCUUCACCUCCCUGAUAGUAAACGUCACGAAACCCUGGAAGAUAGUUUGGGGCUAUUUUUUAUUUCUCUGUACAUCUCUUCCCCAUUAAAUGCAGUGUUACAUUUAUUUCUUAGGACCUGCACCAUGUAGAUGUAGCCCACUAUGCAUUCACAGGGCUCUUUGGGUUUCUGAUUCUAUCAUAUUUCUGAAGUGUGGUCUUUCCAUUUUAUUUAAGAUGAAUGAGCUUAAAUAUCACAGAAUAGACAAAGCCCCAGAGUAAAGCAUUGGACAUGUAUGUUCAUAUUCACACCUAUUGGACUUUGAGGUGAAAAAAACUAUACUUCGUUCUUGGCUCUAGGGCUUUGAUGCCACAGGCAAGUCAUUUAGCAUUUGCUUCAACUCCAGUUUCCCAUCUGUAAUGUGGGCAUAAUAAGACCUCCCUCCCAGUAAUGAGGUGCUUGACUCAGUACUUGCCUUAAAUGAUAGACUAGACUUGGAGGAAGGUAUAGAUUUCUCAGCAGACAGGUUUGAUCUGUCUGUCAUGAUUGCAUGGUUACCAAAUAGCCAUAGCUGGUGGGGGAAAAUUAUUUUUCUCUCUUGACUAAUUGAAGCUAAUAAAUGUUGAAAGAAUGGCAAUUAGAAAACCAUUCUUUUUUUUUUUUCCGUCCCCAGUGAAUUAAUUGAUUGCAGAAAAGAUCAGCAGUUAAUAAAAUCAUUAGAUGAAAGAUCAGUGGAAAACUUUUUAGUGGAGGGGAGAGCUGUGUGAUUUUAUCACAGGUAGAUUUGUGAGGUCACUGCAGUCAAUUAGAGACCCCUGGAUUGCAAGGAGAUCAAGCCAGUCCAUCCUAAAGGAAAUCAAUCCUGAAUAUUCACUGAAAGGACCGAUGCUGAAGCUGAAGCUCCAAUACUUUGGCUACCUGAUAUGAAGAGCUGACUCAUUGGAAAAGACCCUGAGGCUGGGAAAGGUUGAAGGUGGGAGGAGAAGGGGAUGACAGAGGAUGAGAUGGUUGGAUUGGCAUCACUGACUCAAUGGACAUGAGUUUGAGCACGCUCCGAGAGAAAGUGCAUGACACGGAAGUCUGGUGUGCUACGGUCCGUGGGGCUUCAGAGUCAGACACAACUGAGCAACUGAACAACAGUCAAGAUACACAAGAGUCCCAUCACAAGGAUCCCUCGUACUACAUCUAUGCUAUUCUCUUUUUCAAGAUAUCUUCUUGAGCACAGACUGUGCACUGGCAGUGUGUUUGCUGCUGAGGAUAUGAUGAAUGCUCACAGGUGAUUCCUGCCCUGUGGAGCUUACAAUCCAGGUUACUUCAACCCUUGCUGUGUGUGCAGGUUGGGCUUGCUGGUGUAGACAUCAGGGACUGAGCAUUGUUACCAGCCCCCCCUUGCAGGGGCCUCUUUGGGGCUGUCCUUUGUAAAUUGCAGCAUCAUUUUAAAUAACUUUUCUUUCUAAAUAAAGGAACAUGUGUGACAUCACAGAUUCAUCUUUCUU